CUGUUUGUUUUCAAAGUUGUUUACAUUUACAUUUUAAAUUAGUGCACAAAAAUGAACUUACAAUGGACUAUUUUCUUUAUUUAGUUUUAUUAUUUAGUGAUGUAUUAUAAAAAUGAAUUCUCGGAAUAAAAUACUUUCACCAUCCCCAUCAACACCGAAAAGACGUCGUCUUGGAAUUAGAAGGAAUGUGCGGUUGUCUCAACUAAGUAUCGAAAAUAUCAAGUUAAAUACACCGAAACAUUUACAAAUCAAUUCUAGAGUUAAGGAGAAUUGCGAUUCGCCGCCAUUACCAUGCAAUCAAGUGGAGUAUUUGUGUGAUUCAGAGAGUAAUAGUUCAAUUAGUAGCGAUAUACCGUGCUCUCCCGGCAUAUUAGAGACGUGCAAUAUUUUUCAUAAUCUAAGCAGUUGGAAAUCGUUUCAAGAAACCAAAAGCCCUAAAAAUGAUGCUGCGUCUGUUAGCACAAUUGUUGACGAAGUAUUUAAUGAUUCAUUUCAAUCGAAAUCAUUUAUAAAUUGUGUGCAAGAAUUACCAAAGAAUCAAAAUUAUCAGGAUGAAAUUGAAAAAACUUUUAAUGAGAUAAAUCAAACUAUUUGCCAUAACGAUUCCUUUUUUGAUGAGAAGGAUUCGUUUUUGCUUAAUAUAAGAGAAAGUGGUAUAAUCAAUGAAAAACAUACUAGAGAAAAGGAAUUACCUCAACCAAAUGUAAAUAAAGGAAAUAGCAAUGAUUUUUUUGGUCUUCCAAUGAUUACAAAAGGACUUUUUAAAUCAUAUAGAAAUAUUGAAAAAUUUUAUGAUUGGCAAGAAGAGUGUCUCAAUCUAAAUGCAAUAAAAGAGAGACGUAACUUAAUUUAUGCUCUGCCAACAAGUGGAGGCAAGACAUUGGUAGCAGAAGUGCUUAUGCUACGAGAAGUGUUGGUCCAGAAGAAGAAUGCACUGUUUAUUUUGCCCUUUGUAGCUAUCGUUCAGGAGAAGAUAUGGUCCUUAUCACCAUUUGCUAUUCAAUUAGACUUCUUAGUAGAAGAGUAUGCAGCCGGAAAGGGACACUUGCCACCAAAGAAAAGGAGAAAGAGAAAUAGUAUUUAUGUAGCAACAAUCGAAAAGGGUCUAGCAUUGAUUAGGAGCCUUAUAGAGUUGGAUAGACUAACAGAAAUUGGCUUGAUUGUGGUGGAUGAACUGCACUUAAUUGGCGAACCAGGAAGAGGUGGAACUCUAGAAACCUUACUUUCAACAGUAAUAUUUGCUAAUAAAGGUAUUCAGAUAGUAGCCAUGAGUGCCACAAUAGGAAACUUACCGGACUUGGCGCAGUUCCUGCAAGCUGAAGUAUACCAGCGUGACUUCAGGCCAGUGGAGCUCACAGAAUAUGUGAAACUCGGCAAUGUGUUGCACAAGAUUGUAUGGGAUAAGGGUGGUAUGGAGUUAGUACCUGAUCGGCAGCUGGCUUUUGAUUACACAGAAGCUGGCAGUAGGCUAGACCCGGACUUCGUGGGGGGUCUCGUCAGCGAGGUGGUGCCCGGUGACAGCUGUUUACUGUUCUGCCCUACGAAGAGGAAUUGUCAGAGCGUUGCAGCGCUUCUUUGUAGCAUGCAGCGGAGCGACAUGCUGCAGCACCGCAACGCUGAGCGCGCGUCGCUGCAGAGCGCGCUGGGGGCGGAGGGCGCGUGCGCGGAGCUGGUGCGGUGCGCGCGGGCUGGCGUCGCCUUCCACCACGCGGGGCUCGCGGCUGAUGAACGCGCGCUGCUCGAGCAGGCUUUUCGUUCGGGCGUGUUAUCAGUACUAUGCUGUACGUCCACACUAGCGGCGGGUGUGAACCUGCCCGCGCGGCGCGUGAUAGUGCGCGCGCCGCGGGUCGGCCGCGAAUUGAUCAGCUUGGCUGCGUAUAAGCAAAUGGUCGGCCGCGCGGGCAGGAAAGGGCAUUGUAGCGUGGGGGAAAGCAUCAUAAUCUGUGACGAGCGUGACUGGCCCCGGCUCCGAGCUGUGCUCGCUGGUGGUCUACCACCUGUCCGCAGCCAACUGGCUACCAGUAUUGAGGGGUUGCUAUUGAGUGCUGUAGCUUUGAAUCUCGCUACUGAUGUGGGAACUUUGAAGAAACUGCUUGGGCAUACUUUGUUGGCUGUUACGGAACAAACACUCAAUAUAGACGAAGUAUGUAAACAGAAUGUAUUGGCACUAAUAAAAAGCGGUGCUUUAGAGUUUGUUGGCCAAAAAUCUGCAUCAGUUAAUGAAGUAGAUAAUGAAUUGAAAUUAGCUGUUAGCAAACUUGGUAAUGCUGCGAUAAAAGGAUGUCUAGAUCUGCCCAUAGCAAGACAGUUAUUAGCCGAUCUAGAUCAAGCCUCUCGCGGUCUAGUGCUUCUGGGCAGUUUGCACCUGUUGUAUCUAGUCACUCCACAUGAAAUUGUCAUCAGACCGGACUAUAGGCAUUAUUACUCACUGUACUGUGACUUGGAUGAGGAAGGAGCUCAAACAGCGAGAAUUUUGGGCAUUACUGAAGUUAACGCGAUACGCAUGAUGACUGGCAAACCCAUCACGAAUGUUUCGGAGCAAGUACUGAACAGGUUCUAUCUCGCGUUAAUGCUGCGUGAUCUCUGGAAGUUAACGCCUGUUCCUGUUGUAGCUGACAAAUACAACGUAUCCCGUGGUCUGGUCCAAUCGGUGAUGACGUCAUCGUCUUCACUUGCGUCAAGCGCGGCGCGGCUCUGCGAGUGUCUGAGCGUGGAACCGUUCUGGCAGUUCCACGCGCUGUUCCACGAGCUCGGUCUGCGCUUGCGCAACUGUGCCGUGCCGGAAUUGGAACAGCUUAUGGAACUGCCGGCGGUUAAGAAGGCACGUGCACUACAACUGUACCGCGCGGGGUACAGGCGCGUGGAGCAAAUAGCGCGGGCCAGCUCUGAGGAGCUCGCAGCCUCCGUGCCACAUCUCGCACACACCGCUGCUAAACAUCUGAUAAGUGCUGCACGGAUGAUGUUGAUUGAAAAAGUGGAGAAUUUGCGAGCUGAAGCCGAAGACGUUAUGGAAGAUUUGAAGUUGGACGAUAGACUGAAUAUAAUAUGAGGCAAUAAUAUAUAUCAAAUCAACGAAUGUAUUGUGUAAAUAAAUAAACAUUUUUAUCAAUA